UUUAUUUCCUGUUCUAAUUUGCUUGCUUGAGUGUUCCGGUUUGGAUCACUAAAACAGAAGGAUUAAUUGUGUAGGUUAAGUUUACUUUUCAUAUGGUUUAGAAUCUUUUAUGAUUUUGUGUUUGCUUAUUCUGUAAGCAAGCUUGUAUGUAGUGAACAGAGAAACUUGUUAUGGCUUUUUUAUCUGUAGUAUUUAUUCUUUCCUUCUAGUAGUGGUCAAUCCGAUACCCUAUGACAAGGUUAUUCUUUCGCAUAGGUAGCUGUAGUAACUAUGUUUCUGGGUGUUGUUUCCUGAACCAAACUGAGAGAUGCUUUGAGAAUGAACCCUGCUGUUCUUUUGUAUUGUUUUCUGGUGCUUGUUUCCGGGCUUUCUUGUUUGUAACUAUGGAAUCAUUUAAGAACAAAUGCAAGGCUUUUUUCAGUGUGAGGAAACCUUUCCUGAACCAAACUGAGAGAUGCUUUGAGAAUAAACCCUGCUGUUCAUUUGUAUUGUUUUGUGGUGCUUGUUUCCGGGCUUUCUUGCUUGUAACUGUGGAAUCAUUUAAGAACAAAUGCAAGGCUCUUUUUAGUAGCAGAGGUUGUUUUGGAUGCUGUGCUAAACCUUCUACAAAUUUUGCGGUUUAUGACCCAUCAAAGGGUCUGACAAUUCAACGUCAAACAGUAAAGCAACCCAGCACUACAGACGACUUCGAAAGCAGUAGUGCAGGUGAAAUGGACCAUAGUGGAGUACAAUCCCAAAGAAGUAUUUCAACAAUCAUUACCUUGAAUCAGACCUGUGAUCCCUCUACUAGUGACGGCAGCACAAGCAAUCCUUCUGAAUUUGUAAAUCAUGGUCUUCUUCUUUGGAAUCAAACAAGGCAGCAGUGGCUUGCAAAUAAAAGGUCUCCAAACAGGGCACAAGUUCAAGAACCGGCAAUAAGAUGGAAUGCCACUUAUGAGAGUUUACUUGGGAGCAACAAGCCUUUUCCCCGACCUAUCCCUCUUACUGAAAUGGUGGAUUUUCUUGUUGAUGUUUGGAGAGAAGAAGGUUUGUAUGACUAAAUAAGCUGGAAAUUUUACAAGUGCUUUCUCCUUCCUUCCUCAUGUAUCGCUUAAAGGUUGCAUUUGCCUUGUGAUUUCUAUCGCUUUUCUUUCGUUCAAGUGUAGCCUCCUUGUAUACUCUUUGUGGAGUAGCAGUUGCUCUGCAAUUUUAUCAACCUUGAUUGUGUGCAAACAUUGAUUCAUUUAUAGGCACAGGACUUGUAAAUCCAAA